UGCGGAGCUCGGCACUUCCGCAUCAUGUGAGCCACAGCGACCGAAGCUCAUUUGUUCCCGUUAGGAUGCCGCAUCCUCCGGGAGAGCACCGCAGAGGCCGGGUACUGCCGAGACUCCCAUCCGAGACAGCGACAUCCCAGCGGGACUGAGAGAGACCAGAGGCCGGAGAGGAGACAUCAGCACACGGCUGAAGGCGCGGACAGUCCCCGGAGGAGAGCAGACGACCCGCGGACAUGACUGCAGACGUGGCGGUGUCUCUGUCGCUGCUCGCGGGGAUCGUCGGGCUGAGCGACGCGACCCGCAGGGUGUUGACCAAGACCCUCGCGGGCAGCAGGCUGUCAGUUUACGCCGUGGAGCUCGUGUCCACCUUCCAGCUGUGCUGCUGCACGCACGAGCUAAAGCUGCUGUCCGAGGUGGGCGGGAUCGAGCCCCGGCUCGCGCUCACUUUGACGUACCUGGCGUCCGUGGUCCACGGGCUCACCUUCAGCGGGGCCAUCGGCAACCCCUCCGGUGCGCUCGAGCACGCGUACCACGCGAGGAUUUCGGGUGGAUGCGCCCUGCGGCGGAUCGCGUGCCAGUUCGCUGCCGCCGCCGCCGCUCGCGCCGCGGUGCCGGUGAUCUGGGGCAUCGGGUUGUCGGGGAUGCACGUGCGGCACAAGUUGCUCGGUUACCAGUGCAUCAGCCCCAUUCACGCGCCGCUGCCUAAGGCCGCCGCCGUGGAGUUCGCGUGCGCCUUUGCGGUACAGACUGCCAUUACGCACACGCGAUCUGUGGAGGAGAAAUACCGCGUGCACGCGGUAGCUGCAGUCAUCGCGACGGUGGUUUAUGCAGGUGGCAGUAUGACAGGAGCAGUGUUUAACCCGGCCUUGGCCUUCUCCACACAGUUCCCCUGCAGUGGGAACUCCUUCCUGGAGUACUGCCUGGUCUACUGGCUGGGCCCGCUGCUGGGUAUGAUGAGCUCAGUGCUGCUGUUUGAUAAACUCGUCCCUCUGCUGUCGAGGAAAUCACCGCCUCUCCAUCUCCCCCUGGAGACCAAGAAGAGGACGUGAGCGUGGCAGGAGGACAGACAGGAGGACAGACAGGAGGACAGGCAGGAGGACAGGAGGACAGGCAGGAGGACAGGCAGGAGGACAGGCUGUAAACCUGCAGCCGACACAAGUUAGAAGAAGAACAACACUGAUAUGCACUUUUCUAAAAGAGACUUAAACCUGGAGGUGUUUUAGUGAAUCAGGAUUUCACCUUAAAAGCACAUGUUGGAAGCUAAACACUAAUCUACAGUAAUUUUAGUGUUUUUUAAAUAAACAGAGCAUUCAGCUGCUCAAACACAAACACACGCCACUGGAAUAUUAACAUUUAUAACCAAGAGAAAGUUUGCAUGAUUUAUUUUUUAGCUGAUUAAAACACACUUUUUCUGGUUAUAUUAAUAUUAUCUGAUUACAGUAUUAUUGUUUGUAAUAAAACAUUAACGAAGCUCAUUCACUGAUUAAUUAACUGGAAAACUGCCAAUGGAAACCUGAGAAUUUGACGUAAUAUUGUUA